AUGGUUCAUCAUAAAUCUUCGGAGAAUGAUAUUGGUCAUGAAGAUUCUCACGGAUCCUUCAAGCCUCAUGUUAGAUGGGCUAUACCCCAACAGUUGACUGCCAUGACAUUCAUUGGUCGAGAUGUUGUCGCUGUAGCUCAUGACAUUUAUAUAAUAUUUAUUAAUCUGAAAACUAACGCCGAGCUCGUGUAUUCGGCUAACAAAGACGAAUGUGGAGAUGGGGUCGACGUAAUUUCCGAUGCUGACGUCACUCGCUACAAGGGUUUGUGUAUGAUGGAGUCAGACCUGGUCGCCGGUUUCAGUGGUUUUCCAAAUUACCUCAUAUCAGUGUGGAGUUGGCGGACCAACCAGCGCCUUAUUUCUGUACCUACAGAGGUCGUACGACGCAAUCAGAUCUACACAGCCAGUCACGCUAACAUGCUUGUAUGUGAGUGUUGGGGCGAGGGUUUAACUGUAUGGGAGGUAGCUCAAUGUUAUAAACGCUGCCUCAUAAUGAAGCGAGUGAAAAAGGAAGUCAAAGGCUGGAAAGUGUCCGAUCCUAAGUUGGUAGCUGUUUGUUGGAGCAGCGAUGGACAACUUUAUGCUCUUGAUGGCAGUGCCAAUCUGUACAGCUUGAUGUCGGAUGGUAUAGGUAUGGUGACUAACCUGGAUUGGUCUGAAAAUCUACAAGGAUCUCUAGAACCUUGUAUGUGUUCAUUCGGCAACGGUAUUUUAAUAUAUGGUCCUGAUAAUUGUUUACGGGCUCUUAAAAAGGGGGAGAAGAUGUGGGUGGAGGCUUGGAAAUACAUCCCCGAAGACAAAGUGCUGUGUCUCGUUUCCAACUUUACUUCAGAUAUGGCCGUCAUGUGGACCGAGAAAGGCUUUAUAUACAAACUGACUGGCGAGUCAGAAGAGAAGAUAGAGGUCAAGCUAGUAACGUUUAAGAUAAGAAACAUAAGUAAAAUACAACUAAUCGCUCCUGAUUACACCCAUAUAGCAAUGAUGAAUGACGAUGGCAUGUUAUGUAUUUACGAAAUAGAAUCAGGAGAGCCGAAAAUUGUCAAAUACGUUGAGGGUGAGGACAUUUCAUUCGAGGCCAGCCCGGUCGAUCCAUUAUUGGUUAUAUUUGGCGAGGUGGGCCAGAAUUACGGAAUUGCCUUAUAUACGUUUUCCUCCGAUGAUCUGGAGAAGGUUGGCACAAUGUGUUUGACGCAUCAGAUAGUAUCUCGAGUGGUUUUUUCACCAACCGGACGUGAAAUGAUCGCUGCCGCCAUGUCGGCUGGACAUAUUUUUAUUAUAAAGAUAUCCGAGGACUACAAGCUCAGUUUAGUGAGAUACACUGAACUCGGCCGAGGGUUGGCCGACUGCUUCCUUAUGAAAGUCGGCGAUUCCAUGCGGGCGUUCAGUCUAGUGUUGUUUUCUGACAAAUAUGCUAUAGGUGAGCGAAUAAUCUGCAUUAACGCGGAGACAGGGAAGGAUAACAAGCUAGCUGGAAAGAUGGCAGGUCCUUACGGUCAGCUGGUGCCACUCCUGGGGGCAACAGGCAACGCAGCACUCGCCGCGCCACACAUCUCCUCACGCAUGCAUGUGUUGAGGAUGUCGGGAGAAAAAGGUGUAACAGUAUCCGUUAAAAUGGGUCCGAUGUUAGAAACUGGACACAGUUUGAAACAUUUCAUCUUUUUCACAAAUCAAAACGCUCUCCUUACCUACGGUGCUGAUGGAACCGUUGUACUACGGCAGCCGAAUGAAAACGAUGAAUUUCAAUUGCAAUUGAUCGUCUCACAUCGAUACCAUGCGGGAGUUAAGCAGGCCGUCAUCGAUGCAGGAAACAAUUACAUUGUACACCUCGCAAAUAGCAAAACCUUGGCUGUACACUAUCUGUACCGGGAUAAAAAUAUGACUGAACCACAACACACACCCCCGGACGAGAGCUUAUUUAUUGAAAGCACAAACAGGAUCACUAUUAUUAAUAAAUAUGACAAGAAUUAUCUAGACCUGCAAGAAGACAAGAAAGUGCGGGAGGAGACAAUGGACUACAAGCAUCAGCGAGAAGAUGUUAUAAAGGCACUCGGAGCUGUGCGCGAGAGACUCGUGAAGCUGUUAGAGGAAAACCUGGCAGAGAGACCACUGCACCAGCUGUCACUGUCCGAGUUCAACCUCCACCUGGAAAACAAGAAGGAGCGGAUAAAACAGGCUGAAAAAGAGCGCGAACAAAUCCGACUGGAAACCGAAGCUCGUAUCCGAGCCCAGGACAAAGUAACUCAAUGGAUCAAGCAGACGUGUUGGGAUACUAUGCUGUCACCGAGGGUCAAGCUGUUUGCAAUAUUUAGUCACUACCAGGUCGAAAACUAUGCGGUUCUCCCGACACAGCGUGACAAUUGGCCGGAGUUGAAUCAAAUCGAAGCGCUGCGAGCUAUAGAAAUGGAAAAUAAUAAAGAUGUUUUCCGUCCUUGGGAGGAACCGAAAGAAGAAAGACCCAGUUUAGAUGAAACGACAACUUUACAGUUAUCCAGACUAGGUCCAGAAUCCAUGGUGUCGAUGCGUGAAAUGCGCAAGAGUAUGGAGAGUCAGAUGUUGUCGGAGGUGGUGGAGGUGGAGGAGGCGGUGGAGAGCGAGCCGUACGUGUUGUCCGGCUCCAACGCUCACAAGUUCAUACAGAUACCGGCCUUCAUGAUACCGCAGACCAUGGCUUACUCCUUCCUACACAUGGACUGGCUACAGCAUAUUGUGAAGUUAAACGUUCAAAAUAUGCGGCUUUGGUUUAACAAACAGUUUGAUGAUUUAAUGAACCAGAAGAAACGCGAGGUUGGUCUCGUGAAUGAGAGGAACAAUCGCCUCCGAUUUAUACUAGACGAACUAAACAAGCUUUCUGAUCUCCGAGGAAGUUUCCAUCACUUAACUAAUGUGAUUCGGGAUCCGGAGUGGGCGCAGGAGGAACAGCCGUACAGACUCAUCAAAGUGGAACCUGAGGAGUGCAGUAUCGAGCCGUACGUGAGUCCAAGCCAGGUGGUGAUCCCACCGCCGGAACCUAAACCAAAGGACGACUUCCGCGAGCGAGCUCUCAUGUACAUGAUGGACGGCGUGCUGGAGAAACUGUGGCACGAGGAGAUCAAGAAACCCAUACCGAUGCCGCAGUGCAUGUUGGAAAAAGAACCCGAACAGUUCAAUGAGGAUGAUCUCAAACUCGUGUUUGAUUAUGAAGCCAAAGUUGCCUUUAGAAAUGAGGAGAGAGACAAGUACAGAAAGAUGCUUCACGCCGAAUAUGCCAAGUUAUCACAAAUACUUAAUGAGGGUAUUGUCAAAUUUAAUCAAAAGGUAAAAGAAACUUGGCUAACUAAACUAAGAGUAGACUCCGUUAUUGGUCAAGAAAAUUUAAAUCUCAUGCGAUUGCGAAGAACCAAUUUGGAUCGCGUUGAAGUUUCUGAACAACUAGAAGAUAUUAGAUUCGAAAUAAAAAUAACCGAAGACGAGUUGGAGGUGCUUCAACAUGAAUUGCAUACAAUUCAGGAACAGACUGAAGAAUGUCAGACGACGUACGAAAACCUCCUCCAAAAAGACAAAUACAGCGACCGAACAUUCAAGAAUCACUUUGCCGAUCUCUCGCCGAUUAUCGUCGAACAAUGCUAUAAAUUCUUUAAAAAAAGGCCUAAAUGGCAUCAACGUGCGGCGAUGAUUCCAGUAGUACUUUAUGAAUUAGCCAACGCCAUUUUGACUGGCGUCCGCCCAUCACUCCUACAUGCUGAUUGCAUAGAAUAUUUUAGGGGGGUCGAGCAAUUGGAUCAAAUAAGCAACAUGCCACCAGUUAUGGAUGAAGGGCUUUGGGCAACCAUGUGUAGGCUGCGACGUGCAAAAAUUGAAAACGAAAUAAGAAUGCGUGCCGUCUGCAUUGAAAUGUCUCUCGUGGAGAGUGCAGCGAACACGUGGCGGGCGGGCGUGACGGCGCGGCGACUGAGGCUGGCGCAGGCCGCUGACAGGAUCACCUGUCUCCGGAGGGACUACGAGCUGGCAGGGAGGAACCACACCAUACAGUUAGUUUUGCCAGCUGGUCAAGUAGAAAUAGUCAGCACAGGUCACUUUGAGGACUUUGAGGAUGCAGCUCUCAUACCCAAAGAUGAGGUUGAGAAAGUUAACAAUGUUAUAUUGCAAGUUGGAGAAUGGAAACUAAAAAUGAUGAGAAAGCAAAUAGAAUUUCGUAAAGGCAUCCUGUCUAAAGAAUGGGAACACGCGCAGAUGAAAAUGAAAUUACGCCACAUGGAACAAGAGCUAUAUUCCUACCAACGGCUGAAGGUGCCGAAGGAACUUCAAAGUUACUUAAAAAAUAAGGAGUUAGGUUAUACCGAUGAGCAGGAUUAUGUUAGGAUGGAGAAAGAGAUGGAAGCUUCCAAGACGUCAGUCAACAAAAUACUUAACGAGGAAAUACGAAAAGUUGAAGAAAUUGAGCUGAAGAUAGACGCGGUAGAGGCCCAAGCACAAGAGCUGGAAAAACUAAUAAUUUCACUCAACGUCAAGGUGUCGGAGAAAAGGUUAAACGAGGAUCCUCUGGAACCGAUUCGUAUCCGACGAGUGUUUAAGAGACGUAUGGAGACGCUGGUGCGUCGCAGCCAGCUGGUCCGCACGGUGCAGGCGCAGCACUCCCGCCUCAUGCUGCUACAGACAGAGCUCGAGCUGCUCAGACUUAGGACUUAUCCUACACUCGCCUCCUUCAGAACUAUCGACUAG